AUGAAGACGACUAGAGACUUCAACCGUCUCGCACACCAGCGGGGCUGGGCUCUUGGUUCCACGGUGUGGAAGCUCCACUGGAACGAGUUCAUCAGUGCAAAGCUUAACGGUCUGUUCGAUGGGCCUGACGAGGACCUGCAGACUUGGCAGGGGGUUUGCGGCAAGCUGGGCCUGUGCGGAGACUUUUCGUCGUUCAACAAGUGUAAGAAGGCACUGAGUCGGGUGAACGUGAAUAUUGUGGAUCUCCUAGAUUGUUGGGCCAUUGGAAAGCGCCCUCGCAUGUUCAGAUCCCGCGAGGAGCUGGAGCACUACACCAAGACUCAUCGGAAGUUCUUCCCCCGCAGUGUUGCUAAACGGAGCCGUAUCCUGCGUCUCUUUCUGAAGAACAUGGUUUAA